AUGUGCGGGAUCAAACAAGAAGUUCAUAUAGACAUUGAUGAGAUAAGUGAGAAGGAUGAGGUGUCUUAUGACAUGAUUAUAUCGAGUUAUAUGGCUCAUGGUGUUGUUGAUAAAGGGAUGGAGCUUUUUAGGGAAAUGAAAAGUCAAGGAUUGAGCACAUGGAAUGCAAUGAUUUCGAGUUUGCGUACUUCCUACUUUAUCGUAUUUUUCAAAUGCGAAAGGGGGAAAGAGAUACAUGGUUAUGUAGUUAAAAAUGGUUAUGAUAGGAAUAUCUAUGUUGCAACUAUAAUUAUUGAUACUUAUGCAAAGUUGGGAUUUUGUUUUUUGGCUCAAUAUGUUUUUGAUCAAUCAAAAGAGAGGAGCUUGGUUAUUUGGACUAUAAUAAUCUCAACAUAUGCUGCCUAUGGUGAUGCUAAUUCAAUUCUUAUUGUUUUUGAUGAGAUGUUAAACAAAGGAAUCCAUCCGGACCAUGUGAUGUUCAUUGUAGUGUUGGCUACUUGUGCUCAUUAUGUAAUGGUGGAUAAAGCUUGGGAGAUUUUCAAUUCCAUGUUUAAGAAAUUCAACAUUCAGCCUUUAGGAGAGCAUUAUGCAUGCAUGAUUGGUGUUUUGAGCGAACGGGCUCUCUCGAGGAACAUAAUUUAUUUCUAUUAUGCCAAUUGA